ACAGGGCAGAGAAACACCUGUAUGACGUCAUUCAACAGCAUCGCGAGCCUUCACGACCGACCGCGGCAAGCAGUACUCUGGAGGAGAGACUGCUGCCCCUUUAAGUAACAAACGAUUACAAGUAAACAACUUCAAUGAGGAUUUAUUGGCAUUUUGCAGGAACAUUUACCGUGAAUGUGAAGAUAACUGCAUCUCAAUUCUGUGGAACGGGGUAAUUUUUGGUUAGCGCACGAGAGGGUUACUUGCUAGCUGACUGGUUAGCAUCGUUCUCGCUAACUAAACAUGGUGGCCAGUGAACGAAAAGAGCUCUAAAAUAUUUAAGAAAAGCUUAAUGUUGAAUGGUGAGACAUUGUUGUAACCUUUUUACACAUACUAAAAAUCUUGGCUGGAUUUGCAGACUUCAAAUGCACUUUUCGGUUAAUCUGAAUAUCCCAAAAGGAGUCAAGCUGCCCCGACAUAAUUGCCAUGCAUUGGACAACCCGUUUGAAAAGUUAUAAUUAACGUUACGUUUUCGUUAUGUUCUACAAUGUAUUAUAUAUAGACUAACACAAACCUUGAACAACGAUUUCAAAUGCACAUUAGGAUUUCUCUCGUGGAACACCACUCUCUCAAUUCCAAUGUGACCAUGGUUGUAACAUUGUUACUGAGCUGAGAUAACGGCUACAAAAUAACCUUUUUAUUCUGCAGAGAAAUCAUUUGCUCAUCUGUACUGGAAAUAUUGUUUCAUUAAGGAAAUUACCACUGUUUGGCAAACAUUUCUACUCGUACUGAGAACAUGCACUGCGAGACGUUAUGGAUUAUCACGUAGUCCGACACGCACACAAUCCAGAAUUUGGGAAUUGGAACCAAGUGAUGGUUUUCGGAUUUGGGAUUUUAAGAUGCUUCACACAAGACAUUGUUUACCUUCAAUAGAAUUUAGAGGACUUGCAGAGAAAAUUACAUGGAGACUCGUCUGACAUGCCAAGGAAGGAGUUACCACUACCAGAGGGUUGGGAAGAAGCCCGGGAUUUUGACGGGAAAGUCUACUUUAUCGACCACAUCAAACACGCUACUAGUUGGAUUGAUCCAAGAGACAGGCAGACUAAACCUCUGACAUUUGCUGACUGCAUUGGAGAUGAGCUGCCUGUGGGUUGGGAGGAGGCCUACGACCCCAAUGUCGGGGCCUACUAUGUGGAUCAUAACACAAAGAGCACUCAGCUGGAGGACCCGCGGGCCCAGUGGCAGCGGGAGCAGGAGUUCAUGCUGCGGGAAUACCUGGACGUGGCCAAGGACGCGCUGAGUGCUCAGAAGGAGAUUUACCAGGUGAAGGAGCAGCGACUGCGCCUGGCCCAGCAAGAGUACCUCCAGCUCAACAACGCCUGGAGGGACAGGUCCACCUCCCAGACCAGCUUGAAUUCCAGAUCAUCCUCCAGCAGUAAAUAUGACCCAGAAAUCCUCAAAGCCGAGAUUGUCACUUCCAAAAGUAGGGUGAAUAAGCUGAAGAGAGACCUAGCCUGCAUGAAACAAGAGUUGCAGUACAAAGAGCAGGGCUUUGAAACGCUGAAAGAGAUCAACCACAAGGUGUCCAGCGUGCCUUACGGUGUCAAGCUUCACGAUGAGCAGGCCACCCUGAACGAGGUCAAGUCCAUCCGGGACGCCAUCAGCUCCGGGGAGAAGGAGAAACAGGAGCUCAUGCAGAAACUAGCAGUGCUUAAGGAUGGCUUCCAGUUGGACUCGGUGGGUUCUCAGUCUGACCUGUGGGGCAGCAGCCCCUCCCUGGCCAACUCUGAGCUGUACAUCCCCCGCCUCUACUCCGAAGCCGGAUCCCAGACCAACAUACCUGCUGAGUUUGUGACCAACACCAACAACUUGGCAGAGAAGGUGCGACUGAGCCUGAAGUAUGAAGAAGCAAAUAGAAGGAUUGCCACCAUCGAGGUGCAGAUAGCCAAGCUGGACAGUGAGGCGUGGCCAGGGCUGCUGGACCCAGAGCGUGACCGCCUCAUCCUCAUCAAUGAGAAGGAGGAGCUACUCAAGGAGCUGCAAUACAUCAAGCCUUGCAAGAAAGUGCCCAAUGACCAGGAGAAGAUAGAGACACAAAAGAAAAGGCUUGAGAGAGACCUGCAGGCUGCCAGGGACAACCAGAGCAAGGCCCUGACCGAAAGAUUAAGAUUGCACUGUAAGAGGAACAAGCUGGUGAGAGAGCUGGAGGAGAUGGUUCGCCUGGCCUCAUCACUACACACUCAGAUCAAGAGUCUUUCGGCCAGCACACUGUCGUGUUCCUCAGGCAGCAGCCGUGGCUCUCUGACCUCCAGCCGGGGCUCUUUGGCCACCACGUCAUCCCUGGGCUCCACCUCCUCCCUGAGCUUCACAGAUAUUUAUCUGGAGCAGCCUGAGCUGGGAGACCCAGACUUCCAGAACAAAUUGGACUCCCUACUGCAGGAGGGUGGCCCGGGGGUCAGCUACCGGCCCUCCAGCUCCAUCACCACCAUCCACGAACACGAGGUGGUCGCUGGGGGAGAGGGAGCGGGCGACAAGGGGGGUGUUGUCGGUGGGGGAGCAGAGGCCAGAACCAGGCUACAGGCGCUGAGACUAUCAGAGACGCCAAGGUCGAUCAGUUCACUGUCGCCGAGGUCUUCGAUGUCGUCACUCUCGCCGCCCUGCUCGCCACUGGUCACGGACUCUAUAUUCCUCUCCGGGGAGAGGUUUGCGGGACCAGGGGGCCCAGGUGGGGGACUAGACAUGGAGCUGCAUAGCAGGCUGACUGAGCUGGGGCUGGACAAGGAGGAGCAGCAGCACCCUGGAGGGGUGGAGGAGGAUGCCACUACCAUAGCUGGAGAGAUGUUUAAAGAAGCCAUAGUGCAAGCCAGAGGGACGGUGGGGGCGGGGCCUAAGAAGAUGGGCGUGAUGUCAGCAGUGUCUGAUGAGUCGGUGGCGGGUGACAGCGGGGUGUAUGAGCCCUCAGAGACGAGGUCAGUCCUCCCUGCAGAGCUGCUGCUGGGCUAUGAGGAGAGGGGAGGACCACUAGGCUGUGCCCAGGUCAGACUGGGCCUGAAGUACGAGGUGAAAGACAAGCGCUUCACCAUGUUCGUCAUGCAGCUCUCCAAUUGCAGCGUCCUCGUACUGCCACCAGACCACAAAAUAUACAUCCGUGUGGCGGUGCUCCCGUGCUCAGAGUCCACCUGCUGCCUCUUCCGGACGCGUGGCUCUCUACCCCAGGACAUUGUGGAGGUCAAUGAAGUCUUCGGUGUCCAGAUGGCCCACAAUGCCCUGCGGCAGAAGACCCUGAGGGUGGACAUAUGCCACACCAGCCUGUCUGGCCAUGAGGAGUGUCUUGCUGGUGCUCAGAUAAGCCUGGCUGAUGUCAACACCUCUGGGGAGAGAUGUGUCAAGAGCUACAACCUCCUCAGCUACUCCUUCAUGCCCCAGAUCAAUAACAAGGACAAGACUGGGACGGCUCGGCAGUCUGAAAGGAGCUCUGUCCCCACCACAGAGAGAGUAGCAGGCAGUCUGGAGGGUGACCCAGAGGAGGAUGAAUGUGUUUCAACCCUGUACAGGCACAGUGAAGAGCUGGAAGGUGAAGUGUUUGAAGACGAAGAAAAUGACCACAUAGAGGGGGCAGGACCUCUAGAGGAAGUGGAGGGGCUUUAUCCUGACAGCAGCCAUUGGGAGGGAGUGGAAGUGACAACCAAACCGACUGGAACAGGAACCCUGGCUGAGAGGGUGAACAAGGAGACCAGUACCGGCCACCACCACCAUGUCUCCUCCUCGGUGGUCCGGCCAAAGGAGCGUCGGCCCCACCAUGUUCCCCAGCAGAAUGCCUUCUUCCAGGGCAACACCAUCAUCCGCUCCAAGACCUUCUCCCCUGGGCCCCAGAGCCAGUACAUCUGCCGGAUCAACCGCAGUGACAGUGACAGCUCCACUCUGUCAAAGAAGUCUCCUUUCAUCAGGAACGCAUCAGAGAGACGCAGCAUGCGCAUGAAGAAGAGACGUGUGAGAGAUCACUAUCCCACCAUUUCCCCCCAGCCCUCGGUGCGGAGCCUGGACGGGCUGCUGCGGACCAGUCUGGACCUAGAGCUGGACCUGCAGGUGUCCAGGACGCGCCACACGCGACUGGCCCAGGAGCUGCAUGUCCUCAGGGAGCUGAAGGAGCAGCUGGAGAGAGCCCGGCAGCAGGGAACCAGAGAUCUCCCCACCUGGGUGCAAGAUGACGAGCGCUUUCGUCUGCUUCUCAGACAGGCCGAGAAACAGACCCGUGAGGAGCAGCUGCAGGAGCAGAGGGUGGAGAAGAUGAUGCGUGCUGCGGCCAAGGAUGUCCACAAGCUCCGAGGCCAGAGCAGGAAAGAGAUGCCCGAGGUCCAGUCCUUCAGAGAGAAGAUGGCCUUCUUCACUCGAGCAAAGACCAACAUCCCUGAUCUGCCUGUCGACGAUGUGUAGCGCAUUUCAAGUAUUCCAGUCUUUACUGCUGUUUCCAAGCAGAUGACUCUGACGCAGACUUCUGGUGGUAUUAUGAAGAAUGGAGAAUAAUAAAAUAAUAAUGUAUAGGAAAAAAUACCGUCACAUUUUUUUUUAGAUCUCAUUUUGCUAAUCUGUAUAGUUGUUUGUGUUAGCAACUAGAGCAUUGUUUUCUUCCACUCUCUCUGUAGCAGUAUUGUUACUGUUACUAAUAAGUGGAUGUUGGAAGAGACCGUUAGAUGUUUUAUGGUAAAAUCGUAAUUCCAAUACACACCAGCCCUUUCUGUGUGGAAUUUGAAAAGAUAAAGAGAAAUGCUGUUCUGUUCUUUAGCCAGGAUCACUUAUUUGUUGUAGUCUAAGAUGUGGAUAUUGAUCCCCAGAGGUACUUUACAUUAUUUAUAGCACAACACAUCUACAAAAUCAAUAUUGUUAUUGUAUGAUGGUGUACUAUGACCGAAUGUGUGGUUGUAUAGUAUACUGAAACUGGCUGUCUGUCCCUAGUCACACUGCACAUGGUUCUCAUAGUAACCCUCACUGGUGCACACACCAUCUCUCAGCAUUGUGUAGGAAGUGCACUGACGCUCACCUAUACUCAGGUAGUUUAUUGGAUAAUUUGUGCACUUUUAAAAUGGUCAUCUAUAAAAGAGGAUGGAGGCGUUGAAGAAGUGGGAGGAGUGCUCCACUUCAGGCUGGAGUGAUUGUUGAAUCACCGCCUAACAAAGCACAUGAUUGUGAAAGACAAAAGAAGUGGAGGAGAUAACUCUUGUAUUUAAUGAAGAUCAUUGCUGGUGAUAAACUCCCCAUUGACUGUAUGAUUUAAAACGGUAGUGAAGUGAUCCAAAAACCAUGGAAUAACUGAGGACUCUAAAGUAUAUCUUAGCCUAAAGUCUGAUCACUCUUGCUGCUCUCAUCCCUUUUACCCCUUCCCUUAAAUUCUUUGUAACUGGACAUGUUGAAGACCCAUACAAACAGUAUCCCAAUUGUUCUUCUGCUAUCUUUUUUUGCAUCUCUCAACUGGACUUUCUAUAUGUAAACCUUACCUUAUCACACUAACUGGGAUAUUUGUCGAUGAGCCCCCUUCCAAAGAGGAUCUUCCCUUCCAGUCUGGGGCAGCACAAGGGACCCCUGUUACACUGGCAAAGUUUUAGUAUAUACAGAGAUGAAUAAGAUCAGGUCUGCCUCUGUAUCCAUCCUGCAUGGAGCAUUGUCUCAUCAAUGACCACAGGAAUUGGCAAGACCGCACAAACAGAUCUGGGACGAGGCUACACUUCCAGUCUAGCAGCCAUGUUUCCCAAUAUAUCUCUCUGUAAGCAGACAUGACAAAGUCCUCCUGAGGAUUUCAUUUUAUCUCUGCAUGGUGCUCUCUAUGUGCCAGAGGUAUCGUUGAACAGGCUUACUGUUGCAAGUACAUAUCUGGCUCUGAUUGAUCACGUCUGUGAUCUUCACAGGCGACUAGUGGGGUCUGUGUUAAUGAAAUGUGAUGAAGAAGUGAAAUGUGUAAGUGGUUCAACUGGCAGUACAGGGAGAAAUCAGAAGGCUGUAACUAGGCUACUGGAAACAGUACAGGGAGAAAUCAGAGGGCUGUAACUAGGCUACUGGAAACAGUACAGGGAGAAAUCAGAGGGCUGUAACUAGGCUACUGGAAACAGUACAGGGAGAAAUCAGAGGGCUGUAACUAGGCUACUGGAAACAGUACAGGGAGAAAUCAGAGGGCUGUAACUAGGCUACUGGAAACAGUACAGGGAGAAAUCAGAGGGCUGUAACUAGGCUACUGGAAACAGUACAGGGAGAAAUCAGAGGGCUGUAACUAGGCUACUGGAAACAGUACAGGGAGAAAUCAGAGGGCUGUAACUAGGCUACUGGAAACAGUACAGGGAGAAAUCAGAGGGCUGUAACUAGGCUACUGGAAACAGUACAGGGAGAAAUCAGAGGGCUGUAACUAGGCUACUGGAAACAGUACAGGGAGAAAUCAGAGGGCUGUAACUAGGCUACUGGAAACAGUACAGGGAGAAAUCAGAGGGCUGUAACUAGGCUACUGGAAACAGUACAGGGAGAAAUCAGAGGGCUGUAACUAGGCUACUGGAAACAGUACAGGGAGAAAUCAGAGGGCUGUAACUAGGCUACUGGAAACAGUACAGGGAGAAAUCAGAGGGCUGUAACUAGGCUACUGGAAACAGUACAGGGAGAAAUCAGAAGGCUGUAACUAGGCUACUGGAAACAGUACAGGCU